GCGCAGCCCCAGCUCUAUCACUCCAGCUUCCGGAUCCUUUCUACACACGUUUGUUCCCGGCUCGGACAGAAGUCGAACCAUGGUGAGUAAAGCAGGGUCACAAUAUCACUCGGUAUAUCUGGACCUGACCGAGGGGCCGCACCGCUAAUGAAUAUGGAGAGUUUGUAGCCACCCGCAUAGCCCGGUUAUAUCCUGAACAGCCAUCACUGAGACUGCCAGAGCCUGGCCCUCUAAUCAGCUGGGAGCCUGGAUAUAGCAGCCAGCACACUGAGUGUGCCUGGACCCCAUCACACAUACUAUUCACAUACAGGGUGGCUGGAUCCCAUCAAACAUACUAUUCACAUACAGUGUGGCUGGACCCCAUCAAACAUACUAUUCACAUACAGGGUGGCUGGAUCCCAUCAAACAUACUAUUCACAUACAGGGUGGCUGGAUCCCAUCAAACAUACUAUUCACAUACAGGGUGGCUGCACCCCAUCAAACAUACUAUUCACAUACAGGGUGGCUGCACCCCAUCACACAUACUAUUCACAUACAGUGUGGCUGGAUCCCAUCACACAUACUAUUCCCAUACAGUGUGGCUGGACCCCAUCAAACAUACUAUUCACAUACAGGGUGGCUGGACCCCAUCAAACAUACUAUUCACAUACAGUGUGGCUGGACCCCAUCAAACAUACUAUUCACAUACAGGGUGGCUGGAUCCCAUCAAACAUACUAUUCACAUACAGGGUGGCUGGAUCCCAUCAAACAUACUAUUCACAUACAGUGUGGCUGGACCCCAUCAAACAUACUAUUCACAUACAGGGUGGCUGGAUCCCAUCAAACAUACUAUUCACAUACAGGGUGGCUGGAUCCCAUCAAACAUACUAUUCACAUACAGGGUGGCUGCACCCCAUCAAACAUACUAUUCACAUACAGGGUGGCUGCACCCCAUCACACAUACUAUUCACAUACAGAGUGGCUGGAUCCCAUCACACAUACUAUUCCCAUACAGUGUGGCUGGACCCCAUCAAACAUACUAUUCACAUACAGGGUGGCUGGACCCCAUCAAACAUACUAUUCACAUACAGUGUGGCUGGACCCCAUCAAACAUACUAUUCACAUACAGGGUGGCUGGAUCCCAUCAAACAUACUAUUCACAUACAGGGUGGCUGCACCCCAUCACACAUACUAUUCCCAUACAGAGUGGCUGGAUCCCAUCACACAUACUAUUCCCAUACAGUGUGGUUGGACCCCAUCAAACAUACUAUUCACAUACAGGGUGGCUGGACCCCAUCAAACAUACUAUUCACAUACAGGGUGGCUGCACCCCAUCACACAUACUAUUCACAUACAGAGUGGCUGGAUCCCAUCACACAUACUAUUCACAUACAGGGUGGCUGCACCCCAUCACACAUACUAUUCACAUACAGGGUGGCUGGAUCCCAUCACACAUACUAUUCACAUACAGGUGGCUGGACCCCAUCAAACAUACUAUUCACAUACAGGGUGGCUGCACCCCAUCAAACAUACUAUUCACAUACAGGGUGGCUGUACCCCAUCAAACAUACUAUUCACAUACAGGGUGGCUGGACCCCAUCACACAUACUAUUCACAUACAGGGUGGCUGCACCCCAUCAACAUACUAUUCACAUACAGGUGGCUGGACCCCAUCAAACAUACUAUUCACACACAGGGUGGCUGGACCCCAUCAAACAUACUAUUCACAUACAGGGUGGCUGGACCCCAUCAAACAUACUAUUCACACACAGGGUGGCUGCACCCCAUCAAACAUACUAUUCACAUACAGGGUGGCUGUACCCCAUCAAACAUACUAUUCACAUACAGGGUGGCUGGAUCCCAUCAAACAUACUAUUCACAUACAGGGUGGCUGCACCCCAUCACACAUACUAUUCACAUACAGGGUGGCUGCACCCCAUCACACAUACUAUUCACAUACAGGGUGGCUGCAUCCCAUCAAACAUACUAUUCACAUACAGGGUGGCUGCAUCCCAUCAAACAUACUAUUCCCAUACAGUGUGGCUGGAUCCCAUCACACAUACUAUUCCCAUACAGUGUGGCUGGAUCCCAUCACACAUACUAUUCACAUACAGGGUGGCUGCACCCCAUCAAACAUACUAUUCACAUACAGGGUGGCUGGACCCCAUCAAACAUACUAUUCACAUACAGGGUGGCUGCACCCCAUCAAACAUACUAUUCACAUACAGGGUGGCUGCACCCCAUCACACAUACUAUGCCCAUACAGGGUGGCUGGAUCCCAUCACACAUACUAUGCCCAUACAGUGUGGCUGGAUCCCAUCACACAUACUAUGCCCAUACAGUGUGGCUGGAUCCCAUCACACAUACUAUUCACAUACAGGGUGGCUGGACCCCAUCAAACAUACUAUUCCCAUACAGUGUGGCUGGACCCCAUCACACAUACUAUUCACAUACAGGGUGGCUGCACCCCAUCAAACAUACUAUUCACAUACAGGGUGGCUGGAUCCCAUCACACAUACUAUUCACUUACAGGGUGGCUGCACCCCAUCACACAUACUAUUCCCAUACAGUGUGGCUGCACCCCAUCAAACAUACUAUUCCCAUACAGUGUGGCUGGAUCCCAUCACACAUACUAUUCACAUACAGUGUGGCUGGACCCCAUCACACAUACUAUUCACAUACAGGGUGGCUGGAUCCCAUCACACAUACUAUUCCCAUACAGGGUGGCUGGAUCCCAUCAAACAUACUAUUCACAUACAGGGUGGCUGGACCCCAUCAAACAUACUAUUCACAUACAGGGUGGCUGGACUCCAUCAAACAUACUAUUCACAUACAGGGUGGCUGGAUCCCAUCACACAUACCAUUCACAUACAGGGUAUCUGCACCCCAUCAAACAUACUAUUCACAUACAGGGUGGCUGCACCCCAUCACACAUACUAUUCCCAUACAGGGUAUCUGCACCCCAUCAAACAUACUAAUCACAUACAGGGUGGCUGGAUCCCAUCACACAUACUAUGCCCAUACAGGGUGGCUGGAUCCCAUCACACAUACUAUUCACAUACAGGGUGGCUGGAUCCCAUCAAACAUACUAUUGACAUACAGUGUGGCUGGAUCCCAUCAAACAUACUAUUCCCAUACAGGGUGGCUGGAUCCCAUCACACAUACUAUUCCCAUACAGGGUGGCUGGAUCCCAUCAAACAUACUAUUCGCAUACAGGGUGGCUGGAUCCCAUCAAACAUACUAUUGACAUACAGUGUGGCUGGAUCCCAUCAAACAUACUAUUCCCAUACAGGGUGGCUGGAUCCCAUCACACAUACUAUUCCCAUACAGGGUGGCUGGAUCCCAUCACACAUACUAUUCACAUACAGAGUGGCUGGAUCCCAUCACACAUAUAGCGUGGCUGGAUCCCAUCAAACAUCACUAUUCACAUACGUAAUUAAAUUAGCGUGUGUUUUUUGUUGUUGUAGUGACUAUAACAUUAUUAUAGAUCACUUUUACUUGUCAUAGUUGCUGCAUAAGUUUUGCUUCUCUUAAUGCCAGGGUGCUUUGCCAUGUUAAAGGUAUACAAAGCAUCAUGUGAGUUGUAGUUCUACAACAACUGGGGAUCUACCUUUUGGGCACCGCUGCUAUAUACAAUAGGUUGCAUAGAAUUUUGGGUUGGAAAUUUACUCUUAAAGGAUCACCCUAGCAUUGGGAAUAGAAAUAUGUAUUGCUACCGUGCCCUAGUCACCAUUUAGGUGACCUGACCUCACCUGCACUGACAGUUUAUUUUAUAUAAAGUAUUUUACUUACAUUUAUUCCUUUGCCAUAUCUCCACUGAGAUGCUCUGCCUCUUUGGCUGAGAUCACCAAGAUUGAUGAGCUCAGCCAGUGUGCAUGCGCAGCAAAAUGGUGGAGACCAUCUGAUUUAAAAUGGUUUGCUAUACCGUGGAAGCACCUCUAGUGGCUAUCAGUAUUACAUUACAGACAAGUUAAACAUGCAAAGAAAGCAUUGCUGUUCCUGCAGAAUAGCAAUAUUUUCUGAUGCAGGGUUAAAAUGGAGAGGACAUCGCACCCAGAACACUUCAUUUCACUGAAAUGGUUUACAUACCUAUAGUGUUCCUUUUAAUUUUUUUUAGGGAAAUGUCCCUGAAUUGCGCUAUUUAAAUUGAGAAAUUGAAUGCCAGGUUGACAGAAAGCAAAACAUGUACUUUUAAUGUACUCAAACUGCUGUCACAGCUCAUUGCCAGGUUACUUUUUUAUUUUUUAAUAUACUAGCCCCUCCCAACACAGUCUUGUAGCUGCUCCUGACAUACUCACGAAUACAGUGAAAGAAAGUUAUGUCUGAACUUGGGAUAGAGUCAGGGCCAAACGAGCAUUGAGGCUGUCACUCGUAAGACUAUGCUACAGCAGGCUUGCUGCUUGUGUGUUGCUAUCUAUACCGUAUGAAAUACUCAGAACUAUUUUACAUUAGCGACUAUCAGCUGCUACGUUUUUCUUUACCAUCAACAAUAAACCUUUGUCAUGGGCUGGAACGACAAACAGAUUCACAAUUCAUUUCAUUCUAUGGCAGAAUUUAAUGGAUGUUGUGCUUCGUAGUAUGAGCAGGCAGGAAGUUAUGUAGAUUAACAUAUGUAUAUCGUGGAAGUCAUAAAACUGCUCUAAUCUGUCCUUCACAAAGUACCUUUUUAGUUUGGAUGCUAGUGGUUUAUAAUCCUCACUGAACAAUACAGAGUAUGUGCAAGUGGGGCAUCUGCUGGACUACCACCAUAUGCGCGCAGUUAUGUGCUUUCAUUGCCGGUCUUUGUACUGGGGUUUUUGCAGCGUCGCUGAUUUUGCAAGAUCUUUCAGUUGUGCAUGUGCAAUGUGGUUUUCUGCAUUCCUAAGGAUCAGACUUUGGUUGGCUAGAUCAGAGUUCCUUCUAGGAUAGCAUGGAAAGUGCAAGGAAGAGAAUUUUGUUUUUUUAAAUAUAUACUUUUUGCAAAGCUAAAGAUUUUGAACAAGACAAUUGUCCCAGAGUUAUGCAUCCCACUGUAAACUGCUCGAAAAUAGUUUAAAUAUUAAAUGGAGGGAAAGUGCCAGAGGUCUCCAGGCACUGUAACUAAUUUAGUGAGAUGAAAUGGCUAUAGUGCCUACACAAUCUCUUUUACAUAGCAGAAUGCAUAGCUCCUUCAAUUUAAAAAACAAAAACAAUUUUUUUUAAUUGCAUAGCCGUGUGGUUUCCUGACAAUUACAUUGUAAAUUGUGCCGUAUUAAUAUUACAGAUUUUCUUUUUCAGAGGCCCAUCCUGCUUCAAGGCCAUGAACGUGCCAUCACUCAGAUAAAAUACAAUCGUGAUGGGGACUUGCUCUUUACAGUCGCCAAAGACCCUGUGAGUACUGCUCCUGACAUAGUUGCCUUAUUUUUACCUAUAUUUUAUUUAUAUUAUUUUGUCAGUGUUUUUUUGGUUUUAAAGAUUACAUGUCAGUAUGCACUUACUUAUGAGGACAUUUUAAUACCAAAUAUAACUGUAUUUUUUUAAAAUAUUUUUUUUCAAAAAUGAUUUACACUUCUUUAUAAUAUAGAAAAUUAUUCUAUAAUCUUUGUAGCUGGAAAGUGUUAACAGUUGGUGUGCACAGCAGUUGAUCAUUGUGGUUAUUCUACAGGUGGUGAAUGUUUGGUACUCCGUGAAUGGCGAACGGCUGGGAACAUACAAUGGACAUACGGGAGCGGUGUGGUGUGUGGACGUUGACUGUAUCCUUAAUCAGCAAACCAUUUUUAUCUUCAUAUUUCUGUCAAUUAUUAUAGUUCACAGAUGUGAUGCAAAUUUUGAAGUAAAACUGUAGUAAGUGAUCUACAUACAGAAGAUUAGCAGUAGGGCAUAGUUGGUUAUUACAUUAAUAUGGACUCUACACUAGCAAUUGGCAAAUUAGAAGUUAUCACUGUGCGAGGAGAAAAUCACUCCUAAGGAGUGUAACAUUAACCCUUCAGGCUUGAAGUGGCUAAUAACGUUUAAGUCUUGGCUAGUAGCAUUGGACUUGAAAUGUUAAAGUGACACUCCAGACCUUCAAAGCACUUUUCUGACGUGCUUUAUGUGUGAACAGUGUGUCCUCCUAUUUUUUUUUUUUUUAAAUGAAAAGUGCAGAUUUCAAUAGAAAUUGGCAUUUUUAGAAAUUAAACUUGUUACACCCCUCUGGCUGUCAAUAAGAAAGCCCAUGAUAUUACAUCCUAUUUAGUUUAGUGGAACUAAACUCCUGGGGCAGCAAUUGCUUAGAGCACUUGCCUUGCAAAGACUUCUUAUUGAGCUGCAUUGAGACCUCUGUAAUUGGUCAACCACAGAAAGUCCGGGCUGGGUUAGAAGGGGAGGGCUUGCAAAGGGUUCAGGCAAGCGAUCUGCAACUUAUUAAAUGUAUGCAGUCUUUAAUUGGGGGUGUAUCUACUAAACAGUAAUUUUUGUUUUUCUAUUUGGGUAGUGGAGUGUCCAUUUAAGCCCUGGAGAUAGAUAAAGAUACUCUUACUAAAAGAAUGUUGCUUAAAGUGGGGGCAAAAAAAUUCUCUAUAUUAUGACUUAACUUUGCAUCUAGGGGACACGCGUCAUGUACUGUCUGGAUCUGCUGAUAACUCUUGCAGGCUCUUUGAUUGUGAGACAGGUGAGUAUUUCAUAUGCUACAUUUCCCCCAAACCACACUAGUACUCUUAUGAUGUUUGACCCUCAGGGCUCCUGCUCUCCUGUGCUGUCUGACUGAUAUAUAUUGUACUUAUUCCAGGAAAACAGCUGGCUUUGCUGGAGACAAACUCCGCUGUGAGGACUUGUGGCUUUGAUUUCGGAGGCAACAUAAUCAUGUUUUCUACAGACAAACAGAUGGGAUAUCAGUGUUUUGUGAGCUUUAUUGAUCUGCGGGAUCCUGCCCAAAUUGGUGAGGAUGUGGGAAACCUUGUUUGGCUGAGGGAUUAUUAAUUACCAUUGAACCUCAUUGUAGUGAUUAUGGUACAAGGAUUAUGUUGGUGCCAUCCCUAUGCAGCAUAGGGCAUGCAGCACUUCCACUCUGCAUUGACUUUUCCAGCUUUGGACUGCAAUAAUAGGGUGUGCCUUCUGGUGCAUGUUAGUCUAGUGCUCAAAUCCGAUCAUUGUCCUAAGCUGGGAGGCUUAUGCAGAAGUUCACUUCUGUAGAAGAUUAAAAUUAUUUAUAUAGCACCACCAUAAUCUGCAACGCCGUACAACAUGUCAAACAAUUCUAACAAGACGCGUUUGACAAAUGGGAACAAUAGCUGAAGAGUUCUUAUGACUGCAGCCUUUGCAAGCUCUCCCCCUUUUCCCUGGAAGAGACUUAACAGUUCACGGGAAAAUAACCUAUAGCUUCUGAUGCGAAGUCUGAGAAGGAAAUAUGUGGGGAAGGAACGCAUGCUCAAGUAGAGUGCGUUUUGACUUUUCCUUCAUGUAAGGGAAGCAAGAGGAAACCUCCCUUGUUUGACAUUAAUUUUCUAUAAAAGUGCCGAUUUCUCAUAGCAAGCUUUAAGUGCUUUAUGGGUGUGGAGUCAUCGUUUAAAGCAAUGAUAGAAAAAUGUGCUGAUUUGCAAGUCCAGUAAAAGUCACUGAUUUUAGACAUAAAAUCCACUGUUUAGUUUUAUUCCUUCAGAGGGUGUAUUUGUGUGAUCCAAAUAUGAAUUGUUCAUUAUCUUGAACCUCUUUGAGUUUAAUGCAAAAGCUUAGUAGAUCAAGUGUAAGCAGAGUCUGCAUUUAUAUCUAUUUAUUCAACUUGUUGCUGCUAAUAGAAUAUCACAUUUGAAACAAGCUCAUACUAAAGGCAGUUAAGUGCUAUUGUUUUGACUUCCUUUUUAAUUGCCAUUAAUGGAAUUUCCAUAGAAAAUUGAUUUGAAGAAAGUGAAGCUUUAAAACGUUUGAUCUGGUAAUAAACCCGUAGUCCAGCUUUAACCUCACUGUCAACUCUUUUUCACCGUUGCAGAAGAUAAUGAGCCUUAUAUGAAAAUCCCAUGCAGUGAAUCCAAGAUAACCAGUGCUGUGUGGGGCCCUCUUGGUGAACAUGUCAUUGCAGGGCACGAGAAUGGAGAACUAAACCAAUACAGUGCUAAGGUUAGUGCUAAGUUUAGACCUGCAAUUUUGAAGAAUUGGAAAGUAAAUUGCAAAAUGUUAUGACUGCUUAGGUGAGCUGCAAAAAGAGCAGUUACUGUGUCUUAAUGCUCUCCAUUAAAUGCUCAACAAUCAUAAACAAAUAUAUAAUAAUGUGACGCUUCACUCCUUGUAAUGUCUUGAUUCUUUGUUCCUAUGUUUUGCUUAGUCUGGAGAAAUUGUCAACACUAUCAAAGAGCAUUCUAAGCAGAUUAAUGACAUUCAGAGCUCCAGGGAUAUGACUAUGUUUAUCACUGCAUCCAAGGACUGCACAGCUAAGGUGAGAGGCAUUUUAUAGGGGUUUUUCUUUUAAUUUUCAUCAAUGCGCUGUGAAAUAUUAAUGAUUUCUUGCUUUAAUACAUUGUUGAUGGUGCUCCAGUUAGCAAUCUAAUGUUCAACAGCAUUUCUUUAUAAUAUAUUGUGACAAAAGUACUCCUUUCCCUUGGUACCUUGUCCUGGGAUUGGGGUGUUACACACAGUCUUUUCAGGCUUUAGAGACACUUCACACGCUGGAUGAGGUAAACUGACUUGCUCUUUUAUUGAGGUUCCAAAAUAAAUGCACAGUAAGGUAUAAAGGUAACAAAAAUAUAUCAAACAAAAGCCUUGCUCUUCUGAGCACUAACUAAACAAAAUAAUCAGCUAACUGGGUUGGAUGGCUUGUCCAUUUCCCAACAUAAACAUAAACAGCCUUACUGCUUCAGGGUUUUCAGCUCUCUGUUUCCACUCACAGAAACCAAACACAAUCUCCCUUCUUCCUUGGCAGGGGAGUACUUAAUAGCACUGGUAAUUGACAAUCCUUUUCAGGUGAGUUAGAUUAGGAUUCAAACUCCAGAACUGGACUUCUCACCAAGCAACUUCCAAAAUGUGGAGUGGAGCACUGGCCCACCCUACUCUCCAGGUGCUCCACCCCAGGGCCCAAAUAUACACAUAUUUAAAGUGCAACAUUCAUUAGAACAUAACACAUUUCCCUGGGGCUAAUUACACAAAGUAAGAAGCUUGCAAAAUCUGGGGAGGUAUAUAGGUUCCUUCCAGCACAAUUCCUUGCUUUCUGUCACAAUAUAUAUUUUUAUACAGAAGUUCUCUGUGAUGCUCAUGAACAAAUAGUGUGGUGGGAAAAAUUCCAAAUCUCUCUUUAACAAAUUAAACCUGUUUAUGUAUUUCAUUUCAUAAUUGGACCAGAAGGGAUUAUGGUAAACUCAUCUGAACAGUGUGACUUGCCCCAUUGCCGCAGAAAACAGACACCCGACCUCUUAAUUUAAUAAUAGCCCCUUCUGUCUUACAACAUACCAAUAUUGUUAUACGUACCAAAUAAGUAGACCUUUUGGAAUAACAAUAUUGAAAGUGAAAGUUGUCAAUUCUUCACCCCAGUAAUUAUUGUUGAAUUAUUGAAUGGUGUUCAAAGGUUGGGGGGGUUCUGUACACAUGCAUGCUUUUUAUUUAAAAUACCAGAAACGUAUUGCCUUAACUAUACCUUCUAGUAGUGGCUGGGCUUUGGGUGGCCAGGGGCCCCUUAAAAUUAACAAUGAAUGGAGGGACAGUGCUAGGGGACAUCAGGCACUAUAACCUAUUUAGGAGUCAAUUAAAUAAUUUUUAGAUAAGCUUUUGAAAUUAAAUAUUUAUUUUUAUUUAUGACUUUUUUUUGUAAAUAUUUUUUUUAUAAAAAUCAUUUGAAAUGCUUAUCCAAAAAUAUUAGAAGUUAGAAUGCCUAGUGUCCCUUUAAGGUUUGUUUUUGGAAAUAACCCUUCUUUGGAGAGUUUUAUAAAUUUGCAUUUCUGGUCAUUAAGUUAAAGGAACACUAGUGUCAGAAAUAAAAACAUAUAUUCCUAACACUAUGUUUAACUAUUUAGGUCCCCGGCCUUCCUUGCAUGGAAAAUGUGACUUUUAUCCUACGGCACGGCAAGAUCCACCUGGCUUCACCUCCAUGGCUGAAUUAAUAUAACAUGAAGCAUUAGAAGGCUUUUGUGCAUGCACCUCAAAGAGCCAAUCAAUUAAUCUCUAUGGGGAACAUUCAAAGCCUCUAUGCAAUGCACGGACUCCCUGAAGGCCAGUGCUGCACACUGUGCAGCACUAACCCAGGAAGUAGCUCUGGAAGUGACUACCACUAGAGGUGUUCCUAGGCAGUAAUAUGUAUACACUGCAUUUUCUUUGAAAAGGCAGCAUUUACAGUGCUCAGCCUGCAAGGACAUGCUAUAGACACACAAAAAUACUGCAUUAAGCUGUAGUAGCUCUGCUGACUGUAGUGUCCUUUGAAGUAGAUUUGUCGGUUUUCUUGUAGAAUGUUUUUGUUAUAAUGCACCAAUCUAUUUCAUAACACACUGCACACUUUUUAUCUUCCAUGCAGAAGAAUGCCGAAUGUUUCAUUUUUGUUCUUUUUGCAGCUAUUUGAUACUACAACACUGGAACAUCAAAAAUCUUUCCGUACAGAGAGACCAGUUAACUCUGCUGCCCUGUCACCAAUAUAUGACCAUGUAAGGAAGCGGUUUGGUUUUUCAUAUAGAUAGUUAAUUUAAUGCAAUUCUCUUGUUGGCCUCUGACUCUAUGUUUUGCAUGCAGGUUGUUUUGGGAGGUGGACAGGAAGCUAUGGAUGUGACCACAACAUCAACCAGGAUUGGGAAAUUUGAGGCCAGGUGAGCUUAUAGUAUGUGAGCAUAUAGUGUUCCCACAGUGUGUAGACAACCAUCUGAUCUCUUGUCUCUUGUAGGUUCUUCCAUGUGGCCGUUGAAGAGGAAUUUGGUAGAGUGAAGGGUCAUUUUGGUCCAAUUAAUAGCUUGGCUUUCCACCCAGAUGGCAAAAGGUAGGAAAAGAUAUUGUGUGUAUUUGUUAACAUAAGCCUGCAUUUACAGGGUUGUUUGCUAAAGUGAGAAUUGUUAGGAAUUAAAGUGAAUAUCAAAUUUAAGUUCAAAAUAGCUGAACUUCAUUAAGUUAGCUCUUUUGGUCUAAAAUUUGAAACUCUCUUUGCUGAAUAAUUAUGACAGUGUUUUUUUAUUAAUACAUGUCUACUAUCUCUUUGUAGUUACAGCAGUGGAGGAGAGGAUGGAUAUGUCAGAAUACAUUACUUCGACCAGCAAUAUUUUGAUUUUGAUUUUGAAUGUUAAGAUGACUCCCGCUUUCGGACAAAUUAUUUUCUCAAUAACAAAACUUUCCUACUUGGCAGUCCACACCAUGAGUUUAAAAGUCUCCAGUUCCAAAUUGGGAUAAACACAAAGGAUAUGACUAUUUAUAAAAUUCAAGAAUUUUACUAUAUCCUAUAUAAGACUUUAUUUUCUAAACCCAUAUACUUGUAUUGUUUUUGCCCCUGCGUUUCUUAUGGGAAUUUGCAAUUACAUAUGGUAUAGAAAUAAAUUCCAUCUGAUGCGUAGCAAAAUUAGAAACUGAAAAUUUGUUUUGAAUAAUACUAGACUGUCCAGUGCCCACUGGUAUCCAGUAUUCCUUUAGAUUUAUUCGCUUGCUUUCCAUCUUGAUUUGUGCAUUUUAUCUUGCCAUUAAGGAGUGAUAUGUACAGUCUCUACCUUGCUUUAAGAAACAUGUUUUAUUAGAGGGAAGCCCGUUGCCAUAACACUUUUGUCUCCAUCAUACAACAACUUGACAUAAAAAGUUCUAAUUCCAAACUCGAUUUUUCAUUGUGAUGUAAUUUCUGAAUGUUUGCAAAUUAUAUUAUAUGAAGGAAAAGUCUUUUAUCUCUAGCGGUCAGUGGGAUUUGCUUUGCUCAACAAGUUCCAAUAUACGUUGCCAGGCCAGUUCUGUGUUUUUUGAGGGUAGCAGGUACCGGAGGAAGAAACCUGUUGGAAGACGGAGAAAAUUAGAUUUAUACUGUGCUACUGUUCUAAGUCUGCCUCAAUAAUUCUCACCUCUUCACACAGUCAUUCUUACCUUCCCACAGUUGUAAGCUUUGUGGUGCCACUGAUGGCCAGAUGGUAAGGGGGUUUGGUUUGUACAUAGGGUUCAGUAGCUUGGGCCGUUGCUUAGAUUCAUUGAGGAAACCCCACAGGGAGAGUGUUCGGUCUUGCACCUCAUAAACAUUCCUAAUGGAAAAGUAUAUAAUUAACACCACUUGAUGGCUAGCUAUAUUUGAAUAACUGAUGUAAACAAAUAUUAUACUCCUGAUUUGUGUAGGUUUGCAGAAGGUUAUAUCUACAUAUUUUAAAACUAGGUUGAAUACACGAGUUAUGGUCAUAAAACACAGUUGAGGUGGAUGCAACUCAAGCAUGUUAAAGGGACAUCAUAGUCACCAGAACAAUUACAGCCUAUUGCAUUUGUUCUGGUGAAUAGAAUCAUUCCCUUCAGGCUUUUUGCUGUAAACACUGUCUUUUCGGAGAAAAUGCGGUGUUUACAUUACCGCCUAGUGAUAACUCCACUGGGCACUCCUCAGAUGGCUGCUAGAGGUGCUUCCUGGGGCAGUCCUGCCUAGUGUGCAGCACUGCCAUUCAGUAUCUCCACCCUCUGCAUGCAGACACAACUUUCCUUGUAGAGAUGCAUUGAUUAAAUUUGUCUGUCUGAGGGGAUAUUGAUUGGCCAGGGCUGUGUUUGACUUGUUGGCUUUGCCCCUGAUCUGCCUCCUUGACAGUCUCUGCCAAUCCUAUAGGGAAGCAUUGUGAUUGGCUCAGACCACCACUUCUGAUAAUGUCAGCAGACAGAAGCAGUUCACGGGCAGAGGUAGCAGCUGCAGGCUUGAAUACAAGUACGAUUUUACUAUAUUUAGGGGGGGCUAGAUGGUGGUUUAUACACUAUAGGGUCAGAAAUCUGUUUGUUUGUUUCUGACCUUAUAGUGCUCCUUUAAUGUAAAAGCACUGGUAAAGUUCACUAAAGCAAACCGUCAUAUGACAAAUGACUAAAGUAGCAUUGUCACCUGACCCUGCAAAAUGUGUAUUUUAUAAAGGUAAAAUCUUUAUGAAAUACUCAUAUUGACUGUGUUGGGAUUAUUCAUAUCCAGUCAAAAGAUAUACUGAGACAAAGUUUGUCUCAGUAUUUUUUUUUUUCCUACGCCUUACACUUCUGGACACUUAGCGGAGUUACCUCCUUCUAGAAGUGUCAAUCCCCCCCACUGCUGCAGGGAAUUGACUCUGUCUAUGAUGGGUCUCGUGGGAUCUCAGUGCUGUACUCUUACACAUUAAGCUGGUGGUGCCCAUGAGGGACAGGGUCAAGUAAGUUAAACUAACACCCCCAUCUGGCCACUGGAUCCCAAGCGGCAAUAUCACUGUCCAAAUUAUGCAAAGUUCACAGAUGGUAACAGUGCCACUUUAAAUGCUUGCUUCCAUAAAGGCAGGAUGCUUUAAUUUGUGCAUUUUUAGGAACGUUAGGUCAGAAUCGUUUCUUAAAAGAACACUCCAGACCCCUUAAGCUCUAACCUUGCUAAAGUGCUUUGUGUGUAACGUUGGCCUUUUUUUAAUUUUUCAAAAUAAGUGUAGAUUUAAAUAGAAAUUGACACUUUUUUUUUUUUUAAAUCAAUUAAACUUUUUACAACUCACCAUAUGUCAGACAAACUGUUUUGUUAAUUCAAAGAUGUUUAGAGCAAUGAAGCCAAACUCAGGAGGCUGGCAAUUGCCAGCAAAAGGCUUGCCAUUGAGCUGCAUUGGGAAACUGAUAAGUUUGAGCUGAAUUAAGAGAGGAGUUAUUAAAUUUACCCUAAUGAAAAAAUGCUUGGAUAUUUUUUAUUGUGGGAUUAUCUGCUAAAUAGUCAAUUUGUAUUUAACAGGGGAUUGUCGCAUUUUAUAGUCUUUUUAAUUAAUACAAUGAAUGUUGAAAUUUUUUUUUUAAUUAAAAAUACCAAAAUAAAAACCACUGUUUCGCAGAUAUAUCACAAAUUAAAACAUGCAUGUAUUUAUGAAUUUUUUGCAUUUAAUUUUGUUCCUGGAAGAAUACCUAGAAAUAACCCCAUAAACUUAAAGGACCACUAUAGGCAAUAUAAGCAUUGAGUAAUGCUCUCCUGUGGGUGGUUUGAAUGCAUGCACAUUUGGAGCUGAUGUUGGUAAGGGGAGGAGAG